AUGUCUCCAAAUACAUCUGCUUAUUAUGAGGAGGAAGAUUUAUCACCCUUAGAAUAUGCUCGAGCCAACAAACUUUCAAGGGACUACAUGGCGGAUUGUUGUGGAAUAUUGGAACUUGAAGCCCUGCGAGAUACCCAGGCCGCAGAAUUAACCAACGAUUUGGAAAAUUAUGAUCUACCAAUUUUCAGUAGAGUAAAAUUAAGAACUGAAGAACGGCUCACAAUUUCCAAAGAAGCUGCUAUAUUGAUUAAAUCUGUCGCAAAGGUAGACUAUGCUAAUCAGAUAAGUGAAAGAAUUUUUUCCCUACUUGAGGAUAGGAAUCGCGUCAGUAAAUUAAAACUUGAGCCACCAUUACUUUACAGUAAUAACCAAUUAGAUCUUAUAAAUUUUGCAUCAAGAGAGAAACCCAUGGCUCAAAUUUUAUCAAUAAAAGCAUCGCUAGGAAUAGAUGAUAUGAAUAGUCCGCAUAAUUCUAUCUCACUAGAAAAUCCAGUAUGUACAAGUCAUGAAUUAAUGGAAGAUAUAAAACGAGAAAGACUUCUUGUGUCGAAAAAAACUUUAGCAUUUUUACAAAAUUUAUGGAGAUUUGAUUGGACCGAGCAGGAUUCAGAAAAUUUAUGGACUAGCCAACAAACAUACAAGAGGAAUACGGAUACAGAUCCAGUGACACCACCUCUAUCGCCCAGGGAAUCAUCUAUACAGCCAUACCAACCAUCAUCAUUCGAUUCAAUUUUCCAAAUCCCAGUUUUAACUGAUCCGAUCUCGCCAACUCGGAAACAACUUCAAGAAAUUGAGUGCAGCAUUUUCAAACAAGAUGUUCCAAUUGAAGUCCGAGAAUCUAUGCUACUUUCCGAACCAGAAACAACUGGGGAGCUACAUGAUACUAGCAUGAAUGAUCUGUACCCGUCACUAGUUACUCUCGAUGAUAUGAAAUGCUUAAAUUAUAAUAGCAGCCCUACAUUAAAAUGCGAUAACCUUAAGGUUGAAGGAAUGUUGACCCCAGAGGGUCUUAUCCAUGAAAAUGUAUCUCGUAUCAGCCUAAGCGAUGUUAUCGAUAAUUUAAAAUUUAGUUUGGAUGACGAACCCAAUGUAUCAAGUUUUGAAGAAAAAUUUUUUAACGAGUUUAUUCUCCCAGCCUAUGAGUCUACGUCUCUAAAAAUGGAGCAAGAGACUUUGGUUGAAGCUGAUACUACUUGUCGAGUAGCUGUUCCGAUUGUGGACUUCAGUAAAGAAGAGCCACCCUGGGACAUUUAUCAUGAUUCUAAUACAGCCUUAGCUUCACUACAACAGAGUUGCACUAUUCUGAGAGAAAUUUUUGAGCAAUCCUUGGCAGAUUGGCCAGCUCCAACGAAUUUUGAUCACGUUCUAAAGUGGGCUCUAUUUCCCCGUGAUAUAGCUAUACGUGUGUUAGAAGAUGACGUAUACUUUCAUGAUGAAAGUAUCUUCAAGGAUUAUCUUCCAAGCGAAAUCAGAGUCAAUAUCAUAGACAGUUCGGAUGCAGUUUGGAAGCCUGAGAGCCUGAAGAUUUGUCGAAAUGAUGAAGAGGAUGAAAAGAACGAGGAUGAGGAGCUUGAGCUGAAUUACGGCAUUUUUCAGUUAGUAGAGGUUCCUCGAGAAAUAUCUACCUUGGUAGGAAAAAGAAAGGUAGAGACACAAGAAAAUACAUUUCCGAUAGAGGAGAAUCAAGUUAAGACCUUAGGUUUCUUCGAUAAAUCUCAACUCAACCUUCAACAAAGCAGUAGGCUUGGCCAAAAAAAAAAUUAUCCCAAGGAAACAUGCAAUCUAUUGCCUAUUAAGUUUUCUGCAGGCGAUGCCGUUGAGAACUACCUCCAAAUUCGGAGGAACAAGAAGCCCAAGUUGUACAACAGUCCAUAUUUUGAUCAACAACCUCCACAAUCACCCAUAGAGCACCAUAAAACUCUGCAAGAACAUAAAGAUCAUGGUUCGACCACAGAGACGACCUCGGUCUCUCUUCAAGCUGCACAACCGGUGCCGCCUUUUUGUUCCAAUCAGGCAGCAAGUAUUAUAGUAGCAUCUAAUUUAUUUGCACGUCGUCUACUGAUACAGACAAUAGAGAAUCUGUAUCCACAAGUAAAUCUGAUAGAGAGGGACUUUUCGGUUCAUAAAACUAUCACUUGGGUCCGCGGAUCUGUUGCUCGUUCCUCUGUAACGUCGCCGCUAGCCAAUGAAGCAGACUUUAUCGUAUCACCAACGACUGGCAUAAUAUUGACAACUCUUCAAAAAAUUAAGCAGAAACCCCUUCCAGGUCAAAAGGGCAGAGCCUUUUUCCACGAGCAUAUGAUAUCAGUCUGUACCCGAUAUGAGAUGCUCAUUAUAUUAGUAAGCGAGGGCCGAGCUGAUGAGAGCUCAGGCGGCCUUGCCGCAAGGGAUUGCCUUGCAUUCAAUGAAUUUAUCGGACUUACGGCCAGCCUCGAGACAUCUAUGAUCGUUUAUUUUGUAGGUGGAGGUGAGAAGACGUUGGCUCGGUGGGUAGUCAGCUGUAUCUCUCGGCAUUACGUGAAUGGUCUACAACUUUUACAGCACGAGACGCAUUGGGAGUUGUUUCUUCGUAGAGCGGGGUUAAAUUCUUUUGCCGCACAAACUGUCAUAAUUUCAAUGAAGGCCUCGAGGAUUAAUAUCGGUGAUGAUCAAAAAAACAGUUCCUCAUACGGCUUGUCUGAAUUUGUAGGGCUGAGUGCCGAAAAGAGGAUGGAGAAGUAUGGAAAUUUAGUUGGGAGGCAAGUAAUGACUAGAGUUAAUACAUUUAUAGAUAGUAGUUGGGAUAUUUAA